GUUUAGUGGAAACCACAUUCAGCAUAAAGCAAAAAAAGGAGUAUCUCAGCAGCUUUAGACUUCUGAUGAAAUCAUGCAAACAAACAAAGGAUUUAAGACCAGCCUCAAAUCCGUAUGUGUGGACAGGUCUCAUGUAGUUAUGGACUGUAGGCUGGAAACAGUAAGAAGUUAUAAACAUCUUGAACCAGACUGCACAGAAGAACAUGAAGAUCCAAAAGAUUACUGCUACGGUGGGUAUCACCCGGUCCAGCUGGGAGAUGAAUUUAAUAAGAGAUACAAGGUUCUGUCAAAGCUGGGAUGGGGUUAUUUUUCAACCGUUUGGCUCUGUAUUGACCUCAGGUCAGGCAGGCAUGUGGCAGUGAAGGUGUUAAAAAGCGGCGCUGGGUUUACUCAGGCUGGUCAAGAUGAGCUGAAAUUACUGCGCUGUGCCAGUGGACCCACAGCCCGCAACCCGCUUAAAGAACGUAUAGUGCACUUACUGGACGAGUUUAAGAUAGCUGGAGUGAACGGGAUUCAUAUUUGUUUGGUGUUGGAGCUGCUGGGUCCAGACCUGAGCUGCUGGCAGAUGUGUUUCGGUAAUCCAGGUCUCUCUCUCAACUGUGUCAAACGUGUCGUCACUCAGGUGCUUGAAGGUCUGGAUUAUCUUCACACCCACUGUAAAAUCAUUCACACAGACAUCAAGCCUGAGAACAUACUGCUGUGUCUUGCGCCGCAACCCCCGCCUCAUACUGCAGGGGGCGCUCUGGCGACUUACUCCUCAACCCUUAAAGAGACAAUAAUGAAGGAUCCUGGAGCAUCUGUGAAUCCUGGAACAUUGGAGAACAUCAGAGUGAAAAUCGCAGACCUCGGUAGCUCAUGUUGGGUGUAUAAACAUUUUUGUCAAGAGAUCCAGACCAGACAGUAUCGCUCACUAGAGGUUCUUCUAGGUUCGGAUUAUGGUCCUCCAGCAGACAUAUGGAGUGUGGCCUGCUUGCCGUGGGUUGUCGUAUGUGUGGACAGGUCUCAUGUAGUUAUGGACUGUAGGCUGGAAACAGUAAGAAGUUAUAAACAUCUUGAACCAGACUGCACAGAAGAACAUGAAGAUCCAAAAGAUUACUGCUACGGUGGGUAUCACCCGGUCCAGCUGGGAGAUGAAUUUAAUAAGAGAUACAAGGUUCUGUCAAAGCUGGGAUGGGGUUAUUUUUCAACCGUUUGGCUCUGUAUUGACCUCAGGUCAGGCAGGCAUGUGGCAGUGAAGGUGUUAAAAAGCGGCGCUGGGUUUACUCAGGCUGGUCAAGAUGAGCUGAAAUUACUGCGCUGUGCCAGUGGACCCACAGCCCGCAACCCGCUUAAAGAACGUAUAGUGCACUUACUGGACGAGUUUAAGAUAGCUGGAGUGAACGGGAUUCAUAUUUGUUUGGUGUUGGAGCUGCUGGGUCCAGACCUGAGCUGCUGGCAGAUGUGUUUCGGUAAUCCAGGUCUCUCUCUCAACUGUGUCAAACGUGUCGUCACUCAGGUGCUUGAAGGUCUGGAUUAUCUUCACACCCACUGUAAAAUCAUUCACACAGACAUCAAGCCUGAGAACAUACUGCUGUGUCUUGCGCCGCAACCCCCGCCUCAUACUGCAGGGGGCGCUCUGGCGACUUACUCCUCAACCCUUAAAGAGACAAUAAUGAAGGAUCCUGGAGCAUCUGUGAAUCCUGGAACAUUGGAGAACAUCAGAGUGAAAAUCGCAGACCUCGGUAGCUCAUGUUGGGUGUAUAAACAUUUUUGUCAAGAGAUCCAGACCAGACAGUAUCGCUCACUAGAGGUUCUUCUAGGUUCGGAUUAUGGUCCUCCAGCAGACAUAUGGAGUGUGGCCUGCUUGGCAUUCGAGCUUGUUACAGGUGAUUCCUUAUUUGAACCCAAAGCAGGGCAGAAUUUCACCUUGGAAGAAGAUCACCUGGCUCAUAUAAUUGAGCUUCUGGGGAAUAUUCCAGCAUCAGUGGCUCUGUCUGGCAAAUUCUCCUUUGAAUAUUUUGACCGCAAGGGCGAGUUGCUGCGAAUUUCUGUCCUUCGCCCGUGGAGUCUGUACGAUGUGCUUGUAGAGAAAUAUCAGUUUCUUCUCAGGGAGGCGUUACUCUUUUCUGAUUUCCUGUUACAAAUGUUAGACUUUAUACCGGAGCGGAGAGCCACAGCAGCUCAGUGUCUCAAGCAUCCUUGGCUCAAUCUCUAACCAUACAUUCCUCUUUGAUAUAUAUAUAUAUAUAGUAUAUAUAUACAGUAUGUACGGUACUGUACUAUGGUGCUGUUUUAGCCUUUUCUUUGGCUUUAAACUUGAAAUUGCAUUGUGCAGUAUACGUUAGUCCAUCAGUUACAGUGUUUCUCUGUGUAUAAGAGACUAAAGGUCAGGGCCUGGUUGCAUAAAGCACCUUAAGUGUAAUUUUCCCUUAAGUGUGUCCUUAAGUAUACCUUAAGUUUUACUUAAGUUAUUCUCCUAUUGUCUUUGGUAAAGGGAAAUCACCCCUUAAGUGUCAUACUUAAUUAAGGUGCUUUAUGCAACUGGGCCCAGUUCUUUUUAUGUUUGUUGUAUUUGUGUUAAGGAUAUUUUGUAUAUAUUACUGUAUCAUUUGAUUUUGUAAUCAACAAUCAUAUAGAGAAUUCACUUUUUUUAGUGAUGUGGCUGUUUGUGAUGCUGAAGAUUUUUGUUUGUUUGAGAACAUUUCAUUAUAUACCUUUUUGUAUAAAGGAAAUAUCUCCCAUUCAAUUUAAUUCAGUUCAAAUUUAUUUUUGUAGUACUUUUCACAAUUUUUUAAAGGCAACAGAGACAUAAGGAAAAUAAUGUUUAGGUAUAAAAAUGGGGGAUCACAGAAAACAGCCCUGAAAGAAUUAAAGGGAUACUUCACCCAAAAAUGAAAAUUCUG